GAAUAAUCAUGACUUGAAUUCAUCAACGCUAGUCAGCAGCCACCCAUGGAUCACAUCAACUCCUUUCCGCACGAAACCACUAAGCAAUUACUCUUUUCGGAGUUGUAUAUGGUCCUGGCAAUUAUAUAGCAAACAUUAAUUCCUCUCUUCUAUCGCUCUAUAGCUUUUCCAAUAAUCAGGAAUGGCGUUGAAAGUCCUGUCUGCCCUCGAUGCAGCAAAAAUCCAGCUGUACCACUUCAAAGCAAUCAUCGUCGCAGGCAUGGGACUCUUCACCGACGCCUACGACCUCUUCUGCAUCCCUCCCAUCAUCAAGCUCAUCGGAAGAAUAUACUACGAUCAAACAUCAGGAGUGCGCUCGGAGGGGAUACAAGACAAGAACAAGACUACCCCAACUGUUGUCGUCUCUGCCCUGGUGGCUAUAGCUCUUCUCGGGACCGUGAUCGGUCAAUUGGUGUUUGGCAGGCUCGGCGAUCGGAUAGGACGGCGCCGCAUGUACGGGCUGUCACUGACCAUCAUGGUGCUCAGCUCCAUUGCUUGCGGCUUUUCCAUAUGCAGGACCAGAAACUGCGUUCUGGUGAGUUUGGGGUUUUUCAGGUUCUUGCUUGGAGUAGGGAUUGGAGGGGACUACCCCUUGUCAGCAACCAUCAUGUCGGAGUUUGCUAAUAAGAAGACGCGCGGCGCCUUUAUAGCGGCUGUCUUCUCGAUGCAGGGGUUCGGGAUUUUGGCGAGCUCCAUAGUGACGAUUGUGGUCUGUAAGAUAUUUGAAGCUGCAUCGGAUGUGUCGCAUGGUCACACUCCGGAGGAGGCCGAUAUCGCGUGGAGGCUCAUACUCAUGGUGGGUGCAAUUCCAGCGGCCAUGACGUAUUAUUGGCGUAUGAUGAUGCCCGAGACCGCCAGAUAUACAGCUCUCGUGGAACAAAAUGUUCUACAGGCAGCCAUUGACAUGAAGAAAGUGUUAGACGUCCCGAUGAGUCAAAUUGCAGAAGACUCCCCAUUGCCAUCAAAUCCUCCAUCCUAUCCUCUUCUCUCCAAACGAUUCUUCCGUCGCCACGGCCGUGAUCUCUUCUCUUGUGCCGCAUCCUGGUUUCUUGUUGAUGUUGUCUUUUACAGUAGCAACCUCUUCCAAUCUCAGAUUUAUCAUCGCUUUGUAAAAGACGGCAAUGGUUUGAACGGGUAUGAGCUCGCUUUUAAAGUUGCUCGAUUCCAAGCAAUUCUUGCAAUCUGCUCUACAAUUCCAGGUUAUUGGGUCACCGUAAAUUUCAUUGAUCGCAUUGGAAGAGUCAAAAUCCAAAUGAUAGGCUUUUUCUUCAUGGCAAUGGUUUAUUUCGCAAUUGGUAUCCCCUACAAAUACUACUGGAGUGAAAACAUAGGUGUUGGAUUCAUGGCCCUCUAUGCGCUCAGUUUCUUCUUCUCUAAUUUUGGACCAAACACCACCACUUUUAUAGUCCCUGCUGAAUUAUUUCCGGCAGGAUUUAGAUCAACCUGCCAUGGCAUUUCCGGGGCCGUGGGGAAGGUCGGCGCCAUCAUCGGGACAGUUGGCUUUUUGUGGGCUUCGCAGAAUCAAAACAGUGAUGGCAAGCCAAGCCCCCUGAGAAUGACUGUGGCAUUAGUGUUCUUAGGUGCGGUGUGUCUCGUUGGAUUGGCGGUGACUUAUUUCUUCACACGGGAAACCAUGGGAAGGUCCCUCGAGGACAAUGAGAACGAAGAUGAGUCUAGCGGCGAACAAUAUAUCCUGGGUGGCCUCACCGGCACUGCAAGUUUGCGGAGGCAUUCCUCCUUCUCGUCUCUUAACAAUGAAACCACUGUUGCCUGAUGACGGCUAUGCCUAGCUCGACAUUGAAUUAAAGCUUCUCUUUUCAAUGUGUUCCUUUUCGAGAGUUCAUGUCUUGUUGUACAUGUUACAGAGAAAAUACAUAUGCUUUAUAGGUCAGGAUUUUUAGAUUGGCAAACCCACGGAAUCGCUUCUCAUUCACCGAAAUGAAAUCCCUUGUGUCAUA